AUGGUGCUGUCCAAGUGCAGAGUGACCACCCAGGCCAGCCAAGGUUUCCAUGGACAGAGCAGGGCGCAGUGGGAGAAGGUGUGCAGUGUCCCCCAGGCCAUCACCCAGAGGAACCUGCAGGGCAAUCACCUGGAGGCUGUCAAACGGCUGAGAAACAGGCUGGAGACGCGGCCGUGCGGCGGCUGCAGUGUCGCGGCGGCGCCUCCGGGUGUCGCUGUUGGCCGCCGCCGAGCGCCGCUGGAGCCGCCGCCGCCGCAGCGUCCUGCCCCCGCAGGCUGCUCGCUCGCCCGGCGCCGGCCGCAGCGGCAGCGGCACCGACAGCAGCAGCGGCGGCGGCGAGGGGCGGCCCGAGCGGUCUGGGUGGCUUUCAGCGGUGUCUGUUUUGGGCGGCGAGAGCGGCUGGAAGGGAGGCAGGGCAGCGGCAGGAGGCAGGAGCGCGGCGAGUGCAGCGGGCAGAGAAUGGCGGUGAGGCGGCGGCAGAGGCUUGGGCCGGGCGGCGGGCGAGCGCUGCUGGCCGCGCUGCUGCUGCUGCUGCUGUGCGUGUGGUGCCGGGCGGCGGCCGAGCGGGUCCGCUACGCCAUCGCCGAGGAGCUGGGCAGAGGCUCGCUCGUGGGGCCGCUGGCGCGGGACCUGGGGCUCAGCGCGGACGAGCUGCCGGUGCGCAAGCUGCGGCUGAGCGAGGAGAAGCAAUACUUCACGGUGAAUGAGGAGAACGGGAACCUGUACGUGAACGAGAGGCUGGACCGGGAGGAGAUGUGCGGCGAGUCGGCGACCUGCUCUGUCAGCUUCGAGGCGCUGGUGCACAACCCGCUGAACAUUUUCCACGUCGAGGUGUCCAUCGAGGACGUCAAUGACAACUCCCCAAUCUUCAGCAAGCCUGUUCUGGGCCUCGAGGUUGGUGAAUGGAUCCCUCCCGGUGCUCGGUUUCCGCUGGAGAUGGCCCGAGAUGUGGACAUGGGCAGCAACUCGCUUCUGACUUACCACCUCACCAGUAACCCGUCCUUCACUUUGGCCAUGAAGGAGAGCCCUGGUGGGAAAAAGCAACCGGAAUUAGUCCUGGAGAGGGCACUGGACCGGGAGAAACAGAGCUCCUUAGAGCUGGAGUUGACAGCAGUGGAUGGUGGCGACCCCGCGAGGUCCGGGGUCGUCCAGGUUCUAAUCAACGUGACAGACGCAAACGACAAUCCGCCCGUGUUCAGCAAACACGUCUACGAGGCGCGAGUGGCAGAGAAUUUGCCCACGGGGUCUCUGGUGCUGCGGGUGCAGGCGACAGAUGCGGACGCGGGUGCAAACGGGCGAGUGUUUUAUUCCUUCGGCAACGUCCCGGAAAGCAUCCGCACACUGUUCACUAUUGACCGUGAGAGUGGCGAGGUCAGGACUGCCGGUCCCAUCGAUUUCGAAGGACAGAGUAAAUACGGCUUUCGGCUAGAGGCAAGUGACGGUGGUGGACUCACUGAUCACUGCGAAGUGCAGAUCGAUAUCACAGACGAGAAUGACAACGAACCCGAGAUCACGAUUCUGUCACUCUCGAGCCCGGUGCCCGAGGAUGCCCCGACUGGCACGGUGGUAGCCCUGCUGAAAGUGCGGGACAGAGACUCGGGCGAGAACGGUCAGGUGUUGUGCGAGCUGUCGGGAGAGGCGCCGCUGUCGAUCGUGGCGUCCCCCGGUGGCUCGUACAAGGUGGUGACAUCGGGCGGGCUGGACCGCGAGCAGGCGUCGGAGCAUCGCGUGACGGUGGUGGCCCGGGACCGGGGCAGGCCGGCGCUGCGGAGCAGCAGGGAGCUGGUGCUGGAGGUGUCGGACGUGAACGACAACGCGCCGGUGUUCGAGGAGGCGGCGUACAGCGCGUACGUGGCGGAGAACAACGCGGCGGGCGCGCUGGUGCUGCGCGUGCAGGCGCGGGACGCGGACGCGGGCGCCAACGGGCGCGUGAGCUACUGGCUGGCGGGCGGCAGCGCGGGCGCGGCGGGCGCGGCGCCGCUGGUGUCGGUGGAGGCGCGGAGCGGCGCGCUGUACGCGCAGCGCUCCUUGGACUACGAGCAGUGCCGCGAGUUCACGGUGGCCGUGCGGGCGCAGGACGGCGGCUCGCCGGCGCGCAGCUCCACGGCCACGGUGCGCGUCUUCGUGCUGGACCGCAACGACAACGCGCCCAGGGUGCUCUGGCCCGCGGCAGCGGCACCGGGAGAGGCUGCGGGAGGGGCGGCGGUGGCGCCUUUCGAGGUGGUUCCGCGCUCGGCCGAGGCCGGCUACCUGGUGGCCAAGGUGGUGGCGGUGGACGCGGACGCGGGGCGCAACGCGUGGCUGACGUACGAGCUGGUGCAGGCGUCGGAGCCGGCGCUGUUCCGCGUGGGGCUGCACAGCGGCGAGGUGCGCACGGCGCGCGCCGUGGGCGAGCGGGACGCGGCCAAGCAGCGGCUGGUGGCCGUGGUGAAGGACCACGGGCAGCCGGCGCUGUCGGCCACGGCCACGCUGCACGUGGUGCUGGCCGAGAGCUUGCAGGAGGCGCUGCCGGAGCUGAGCGAGCGGCCGGCGGGCGCCGAGGCGGCGGCGGCGGCGGCCGAGCUGCAGUUCUACCUGGUGCUGGCGCUGGCGCUGCUGUCGGCGCUCUUGGUGCUGAGCGUGGCGCUGGCCGUGCUGGCGCGGCUGCGCCGGGCCGGGCCGCCCGCCGUGCUGCGCUGCCUGGGCGCGCAGCGCUUCUCGCUGGCCGGCGCCGCCUUCCCGGCCGACUUCUGCGAGGGCACCUUGCCCUACUCCUACAACCUGUGCGUGCCGCCGCCCGCCCGCGCCGUGCCCGAGGCCGCUUGGCCGCCGCCGCCGCAACCGGUGCCCAUCCUGUCGGCGGAGGAGCUUCUGGGCGGCGAUUCCUGCGACAAGCCGAGUCCGGGCAGUAUCGCCCUGACGGGAGAGCCACUGGCCGAUCCCGAGGCGGCUCAGGUCUGUAAAGUGUGCGCUUGUUUUGUUUUUAAAGGUUCUCGAAAAAUCAUCUUUGUUCCCCGGAUAUUCUCUAUGUUCUGUCAGUGUGGAUUCAUCAUCUUUAUCUCCACCUAG